AUGCCGAUGGAACUUCGAUUCCAACCUAAGCUUCCUUUAAGAUUCAGCUCUAUAUUUUGGACCAAGCAUGAAAUUACAACCACCGAAACAGAUACAUUUCAAUACUUUGAUACUGAUGUGUUUAUCAAUCAGGAUGGUCUCCAUGCAAUAAGCUUGAACAUUGCUGCCAGUCGUGAGGAGAGCGAAAUCAAAAGUUACCACGCUUACCGGAUUGAUGGACGAGUGGGGACCUGGGGUAGUGAUCACAGGCCUAUACUCAUGGAGGACACUUCAAACACAAUUGUGAUUGACCACGCCAAAGUCCGCCCAAAUUGCAUGAUUAACAAAGUAUGCGCACAAGGUCUAGGUCAAAUAGUAGAACAGUCAAUCAGGCGCACCUCUGGAAUCCCCAUUAAAGCCAUUAAGGUCCUACAUCAAGGCUGGAAUUCUACGCAUUCUCAGAGUGUUGAUUUCCAUGUGAACUACUUGCUGGACCCUCACUACACCACCUCAUCACUGAAAGAAAAUGCGCUGGCUGCAGGAAACCUCAUCAGUCUGCGUGGAAAUGUAGUGUCAAUUGGGAUGGACAACACAUGGGAGAUACAAGUGAGAUACUCCCUUGGCUACAGAAAUACAACUGAUCCAUUGCAAAGCCAUUUCACCGAGGAGAAGCAGAAGACUACGAGGACUGGAUCCGAUUGA